GCACGGCCCCGGCGGGGGCUCUUGGAGCCCCUGGAGCUCGGCUGCCGCGGUGCCGUCUUGAGGCGGCUGGGCCGAGCUGCUCCAUGGGGUCCCAGGCGCAGGCGGCAUCCCGGUGCCGUGAGCCAGGCCCCGUCUUCGGCGGGGUCGCGUCUGGGGUCAUCGAGGAUACGCUGAUCCAUCUGGCCACGGAAAACGAGCAGUACCUGAGCGAGCUGCCGGCUCAGGCCGGGUGCUUCAAAGAGACGCAGAUAGUGGAAUUUAUAUUCCUUUUGUCUGAAAAGUGGCACUUGGAUCACUUGGUGAGGUACCAAGCAGUGGAGUUACUUGAAAGGUUUAUGAUCAAGCAAGUAGAACAGAUCUGUAAGUCCUCCAGAGAGAACGUCACAAGUCAUGAACGAGGAGAAGGGAGCAGCUGGAGCUCUCUGAGCAAUCAGAUAUGUGACACGUUUGUCCUGCGUCUUGUGUCGUGCAUUCAGCUUGCAAGCAAAGUUUCCUUACACUAUAACAUAGUUAACAGUGACGCAGCUUUAAAAUUCCUGCAGUCCUUAAAAUACUCGUACACUAAACAGGAAUUGCUGGAGUCGGAGCUUGUCGUUUUAAAAGCUCUGCACUUCCAGAUCAACGUAUCAACCCCUUUGGCUUAUGUGGAAUUGCUUCUAGAGGUUUUAGGACAUAACGGCUGCUUGCUUCCUGCAAAACCGCUGUAUCAGAUGUGUAUACAGCUACUAGACUUCUCCUAUCUUACACGAGAUGCCAUCUACAACACUUUGCUGAAGAUUGCCAUCGAAAAUUCGACACCGAGCAAACUGCAGGUAGCAAAGUUUUUGACAGUGAAGGAAGAUUUCAUGCUCUUGGCUGUUGGAAUCAUCAGCACAAGCGUGUUCAUACUAAACCCUGGGCCCUGGAAGCAGGUUGUGGCGCAUUUAAACUCCAUCACUGGCAUUACUUCACAAAGCAUCUUAGAAUUUUCUUACGCAGUACUGAAACACAUCACUGGCAGCACCACUCCACAGCAGCGCCCUAGGAACUGUGGGACAAAAGCUCCAGGGAACAGAAUUACGGCCUUUAACUAGAUCUUCGAUGGCCGGUCCCUGGCGUCAGCAGCCCACGCUGUGAGAGCAAAGGGGCUGCUGCUGGCCUGGGGGCUGCGGCCCAC